CUUCUUCUCCUUUAGUUUGCUGAUAGCUGGUUUGCUUUUUGCAUGAAAAACUUGAUUUAGAGUAAGCCCUACUUAGCAACAACUGUUGUAUUAUCACCAAUAUUCUCUCACUAAAUCCAAGACUCAGCACUGUACCAGAUACUGGAAAGAAAAUUAACUUUAUCCCAGCCAAAACCAGGACAGCUUGUUUGAUUUUGUGUCUUUUAUAGUAAUCCAAGAAAAUGUACCAAGAAUACAAAAAAUGAAAAAGUGAAGUAGUUGUUCAGCCUUUGAAACAUAAACCUCUUAGCAGUACCUGAGAAUAGAGACAUAGAAAAUAAUAAUGAAGACACUCCAUUUCAUUAAUUGCUUCUCAUUUUUGGACUCAUAAUUUAUUGCUUUACUAUAGAAGUUUGCAAAAGUACUAUCUGAAAUUACAUUUCAUCUCCUAUAUUUUGUGAGCAGAACCCUUCAUCAUUGUUCAUUUACAAACUCGUCAGCCAAGACAAUCUUACAAACUGGUUGCUGAUGAAGCCAUUUGCUACUUUCAUAGGUUCAUUCUGGAUUUAUCCAGAACCCAAUGUCAAUAAAACAGUUACUUCACCAAAAAUUCGCAAACUUCAAAUGUUUUAUUCUGAGACUCAACACUUAUUCCCAUCUCUAGGCCAUUCUGGAGGAUGUGUGGCUAUACGAGGGCAGGAGCCCAUUGGUUACUGGGAGGUGAAAAGCUGUGAGAACUUCAAAGCAAUGUCAUUGUGCAAGCAAAAAAUCAACUCUUACGAAGAACCUGAACUUACUUUUCAAAAGCAUUUGAGUUCCUGCUAUUUUGGAUGGGAGUCGGAAGCUCAUCUGCUCAGCUGCUACAAGAUAUUUCACAAUGAAAAAGUUCUGAUGAGAAGAACAUGGGAUGAAGCAGAAGCGUUAUGCCAAGAUUUUGGAGCACAUCUUGCUAGUUUUAGCAAUAUCUAUGAAGAGAUAUUUUUAAACAAUUUAUUAUAUACAAUUUUUGAUAGGACAGAAGAAAGACAGUUCUGGAUUGGAUUUAAUAAGAGAAACCUGCUUUCUGGAGGGACAUGGCAGUGGUCUGACAGAACACCUGUAACUGUCUGCAUACUGUAUAUUUCAGAAACCGGUCAAGUCAUAUCUGAGCAUAAGUUCACAAAAAUAAGCCUUGUGAUCAAAUGUUGGCCAGGAAAACCGUUUGGCAUUCAUGCCCACAUAGUCCAAGUAAUUCUUACAAUAGGAUUAGCAGUACACAACUAUGAAAAUAGCAGCCUGUGCAAAAGGGCUGUGCAACUGUGAAAAGGAAUUUGGUAGGAUUAUGAAGUCCUGCAGAUACGUGCUUUCCUGCGAAGCACAUUGUGUUUAGGCUGAGACAU